CAAAAACACACAACACACACAACGACGGCGGCGCACACACUCACCGCGCAACGGCACUAGCCUAAGCCGCGGCUACCCUCCUCCGGAAUCUCCUGGAACCUUCUCGAACCAAGGAGGGAGGGGGAGGAGCUGCUUGGCUGCGGCGAGGCGGCCGCCAAUGCCGGCGGGAUCCGGAGGAGGAGGAGGGGGAUGCGGUGGGUGUAGGAGGCGCGAUGGCGAGGUCGAGGCCUAGGGUUUGGGUCCUGGCGGGAUGCGCCGCCGUGCUGCUGUGGGCCUUCGUCGCGCAGCUCGUCGCCGUCGGCCGCCUCCUCGUCAUGUUCGGCCUCGCCGGCGAUGCGGGGCCCUCGCCUCCGCCUACCGCGCUACCGCCCCGAAGAAUCUACAAGAGCAAUGGUUAUCUGAAGAUCUCUUGCAAUGGAGGUUUGAAUCAGAUGCGAUCAGAGAUAUGUGACAUGGUUGCAGUUGCUCGCUUGCUAAACCUUACAAUGGUUGUCCCAGAACUAGACAAGAGAUCAUUCUGGGCGGAUCAAAGCAAUUUUGGGGAUAUAUUUGAUGUUAAACAUUUCAUUGACACAUUAAGAGAUGAAGUGCACAUUGUUAAACAGCUUCCGAAGAGAUUUGGUGCAGAGGAUUCAAACAGUAUACUUAACAUGUCACCUGUGAGCUGGUCUGAUGAAAAAUAUUACUUGCAUCAGAUCUUACCAUUAUUCAGCAAAUAUAGUGUCAUCCAUUUUAACAAGACAGAUGCUCGAUUAGCAAACAAUGGUAUCAGUACACAGCUUCAACUACUUAGGUGCCGUGUUAAUUUCCAAGCACUGAAGUUCACCCCUCAAAUUGAGGCCUUGGGGAAUAAACUGGUGCAGAAACUUCAAGCCAAGGGAUCAUUUGUGGCCUUGCAUUUACGAUAUGAGAUGGACAUGUUGGCCUUUUCUGGUUGUAAUCAUGGUCUUUCUCAAGAAGAAGCUGAGGAGCUCAAAAGAAUGAGAUAUGCUUAUCCAUGGUGGAGAGAAAAGGAAAUUGAUUCACAAGCUAAGAGACUGCAAGGACUAUGCCCACUUACACCUGAGGAGACAUCUAUUAUUCUGAAAGCUCUGGGAUUUCAGAAGGAUACUCUUUUAUACAUCGCAGCUGGUGAAAUUUAUGGGGGAGAAAAGAGACUAGAACCAUUGCAAGCUGCAUUUCCAAAACUUGUAAAAAAGGAGAUGCUGCUAGACUUGGAAGCUCUACGACAGUUCCAAAACCAUUCUUCUCAGAUGGCUGCACUUGACUUCAUUGUAUCCACAGCCAGUGGUAUUUUCAUUCCUACUUAUGAUGGUAACAUGGCAAAACUUGUUGAAGGUCACCGGAGGUUCCUGGGUUUCCGGAAAAGUGUGCUACUAGACCGACAGAAAUUGGUCGGUCUUAUAGAUCUGUACAACAAUAAGACAAUCUCUUGGAACAGUUUUGCAUCUUCUGUCCAGGAAACUCAUAAAAAUCGUGUAGUUCAAUCGUCCUGUCGGCAGAAACUUGAAAAUAAGCCGAAAGAAGAGGAUUAUUUUUAUGCUAACCCCCACGAAUGCCUAGCAAAUUCAAGAUUUUGCAGCGGAACCAAGGAUGCAAUCAGUGUAAGGUGAGCGUCAAGUCUUGCAUGUUGAAACCUCACCGAGCCAAGUUAUUGUAGUGACGUACAGUGGACUGAAGCCAGCAGCUCAGCAGGCAGAGCCCAUCUUCAUCGUUUAACCCGUUUUUACUGAUCUCCUGUUGUAUAGGUCAGUUUUUUUUUUCUCCUUUUGGCGAUUGAUUCAUUCAUUUUUCACAUGCCGAAUAUGAAUGCCCUCCUAAAGCAUGUAAAUUGGGUUGGCUUGCUGUUUGUGUUCAUGAUGAUUAAUUAAUUAAUGAUGAUAGCCAAAACCGCAAGCAGCGUUUGUUUUUACUCAACAUCCGUGGUAUUACCGUAUGUUCAACUAUCACAUUCCGAUAUAUGCAUUGUGCUUUGUCAACCAAGGAGUAAUGAAAG